ACCACGGCCAAUUGGGUGUCUCAACAUGCUUUCCCCUACCAGAUACGAGAGUAAAUUCUUUAUCUGUUCACUCCAACUGAUGUCACAGAAACCUUUUUGGUACUAACUCUCUCAGUCAGAUGGAAUGGAAAAUCUGAAAAUAAUACCGUUCAAUAUAUCUAUCUUCUUCUAGAUGCACCUCCUAUGCGCCUGAGUAGCUACACAACUUCAGUACAUACACGAACAGUUUGCAUCUUAUGUUGUUCGGCCAUGUGAACUGAUCUCCAAGCAAGCAAGUGUUUGCUUUUGUUGUAUAGCUGUUUGCUGUUGCUGUUGCUGUCGCUUCUUUCCCUUCCACCUACAUACGUUAACUUAAGGCACUGCUUUUUUUCUUAGUAUGCAUCAGAGAUAUUCGUUUAUUCGCUAGACAGUCUUUCAGGUAGAUAGAUGAUGGUAUGUAAAUUCUAAUAGCCCUUGAUUUCGUCCAUCGGGAAAAAAACUUUAGUCAUGGGAAGGCAUUCCGCGAUCGUUCACGCGUAGUAAAAACCGCGGUAAUCUAAUUUAAACACCUUGGUUGUUUUUGUUCGUUUGCUCUAUUUUUUGUUGGUUAACCUUUCUUUGUGUUGUGUUAUUUUUGUUUAAAAAGAGUGAUGCAUCUAUUCUUUUUUAAUAUUUUGUAAUUUCUCAUUAUUUUCAUCCAAAGAAAAUAAUCGAUUAAAAUUCUUGUAAAUACAAUAGUAUGCUAAAACUACCUAUAACAACCUCAUACAAAAUAUUCAAAUAAGUUUCUAACAAAGUUUUAACCCAAAGUUAUACAACAAAGCAAAACACUAUUUUGCAAAACUGUGUUUUUAAUAAAUACCUAAUCAAAGUGAAUAAACAACUGUGAAGUUUGAGCUUCUUCUCAUUUUUGUUUAAGGAUUUUGAAAACAUUCAAAAAUCUUAAUCUAGUUCCCCAAAUUUGGGGUUCAAGUCUAUAAUACCUAUUGGAUAAAGUAAAAUGGUUUGUUUAAGCCACGCAACCAAAGAUGGAACCCUCAUAUGAUCACGAAAAUCUUCUGACAAAUUACAAUUCACAAAAACAACAAAUUCAACAAAACCAUAAUAUAAACACCGAGGAAUAUAGUGCUAUAGAAAAUCAAACAUAUACGCCUUCAUCAUUGAACAGCAAUGUACAUCAAACUCAAACCACCAUUUCACAUAUUAGACAAACCAACGAUAACCUUAUCCAAUCCAGAAUACAUUCACCAAUAGUACACUCUUCCUGCUAUGAAAGUGAUCCGAUGCGGUGUAGUGGAGGGCAGAUUCUCACGCAUAACUCAAUGUUGGGAAAUCCUUUUCUAACCUCACAUUCUUCGUUAUUAAAUUCAAAUCUUCCCCUAUUGGCUACAAAGUUUUUAUCACAUCCAAACAUGUUGCCAAUGUCAUUGUCGCCAGAUGUUGAAGAGUCAUCGCAUUUAGAAGCUUCAUUGUGGGGAUACGAGUAUCAAAAUGAUGUUUGCGCGUCGAAUUGUGCCUUUCUGGAGCGACACGUACUUGGCAACGAUGUUAAGUUCCGACCUGUAAACAACUCUGCCAAAUGUGCCAAAGAGACGAGAAUUCGACGACCAAUGAAUGCUUUUAUGGUAUGGGCAAAAAUAGAGAGAAAGAAACUAGCUGAUGAAAAUCCAGAUUUACACAAUGCAGAUCUUAGCAAAAUGUUAGGUAAAAAAUGGAGAUCGUUAACGCCAUUGGAUAGAAGACCUUUUGUUGAAGAGGCUGAACGCUUGAGAGUUAUCCAUAUGACCGAACAUCCCAACUAUAAAUAUCGACCUCGACGUCGAAAGCAUUCAAAACCAAGGACUAUACAAACAAGUGCCAAAGAUCAUACCCCAAUGCAGGCAAAUAGUGGCAAACCACUCCCGAAAAUAAAGCCAGUGCAAAUAGCAAACUAUAAUAUGCCUCAGGUCGAAAUGACUUCCCAAUGUCAACCGAAGAACCAGUCUUUUUAUCGGUCCAAAAUUUGCUUCUCUCCCAAUUCUAACCUGACCUGUAGUUCCGAAGACGGCACCUUUCGCUCUACAGAUGGAAAUGUUCAAAAUUACGAUAAAAAACAUCCAUCAUUUCAACAACAAGUCCCGAGUAAUAUACCCAAUAAUCAUUCCGAUAAACAAAAACCAACGAAACAGCUAUCGUAUAAAUCUAAAAGUAAAUCUCGGGCAUGCAAAAAUCUCGAUGAUGAUAACAGUGUAGCUGGUAAAAAGUCGCCAUUUCAGCAACAUGCAUUGGCGUUAACUUCAUCGACCUUAAUUACCGGCAAAGGCAUUUAUGUGACUUGUAGCAAUCGAGGAAUGUUAGACCAACCGCAUACAGUAAAAGGAACAUAUUUUCCACCGAUGUCAGUUUUGGAAGAAAACCAAAGAACCGAUCCAGCGGAUCUUUCUCAGACGUGCAAUAUAAAUGCAAGUGUCAAUUGCACCACCCAAGCAAGCUCGUCCCCGCAUUAUAGCUCUCCAAAUACUCGGACACAAACCAAAAAUAAUAUUAAUGAAAUGUUAACGAGUCCAUACUCUGUAAAUACCAGUCCUCUGAUCGAUCCAGCCUCGGGAUUUCAUCCGCAAAUGACACAUCAACAAAAGAAUUAUUCACGCUACAUAAGCCCCCACGGUCAGUGCAGCCCCGGGGACGAAUCCGAAAGAAAUAGCGAAAGCAAAUUUUCAAAGUACCCAGAUACAAAUCAUAAUUACGACAACUAUGAAGUGUAUUCCUCUCCCAGCGAAAAUUAUUAUCCGCAAGUCACAUAUAUUCCGUCUAAUAACUGUUCACCACUCAACCAUUCGUCACCAUCUUAUCAAAACAAUGUUGAGUGCAACUAUUUUCCGUAUCAUCAGCCGGAUCAAAUUUGUCUCAAUGGAAUGCCAUCCAAUUAUUUUAUGAGCAGUAAUGGGGAACCACCGCCACCGCAGCCAAACUUACCGCCUCAAGCAAUUGCAUCUUUAGUUUACCCUAACGCAACACCAGGCGAAUCAUUUGAAAUGCGUAAAGAUGACGAAAUAAGCAAUAUUUUGGCAGGAGUUAGAAAAACUUGCUACAGCAACUAAGCUAACUUAAUUAAGUAUUAUGUAAAAAUGUACAGAAUUAAUAAA